UACAAUCUCUGCGUUUUCCUAACUUUUAUAGUGAUGUUGCUCCUUUAUCUUCUUGUCGCUCAAAUUCUUACGCUGAGCGUAGGAUCAGAAACGUGUCCGUGCACAAACCAGGAGCUCUGUCAACCAAUCCAAGCUGAGAGAGAAUUUGAGGUAUUUGUAUUUGAUGUGGGAAAGAAAGACUGGAAAUUCUAUGACUGGUCCAAAGUUACAACAGUAGCUGCUUUUGGAGAAUAUGACCCAGACCUAAUGUGCUAUGCUCAUUCCAAAGGUGCUCGUCUUGUUUUAAAAGGUGAUGUCCAUCUCCCAGAAAUUGUGGAUCCUGCCAAUAGGACAGCUUGGAUCAAGAAGCAAGUCAAUCUGGCAAAGGCACAGUUUAUGGAUGGUAUAAAUAUAGAUAUCGAACAAGCAGUGGCUCAUGCCUCCCCGGAGUACUAUGCUUUGACUGCACUCGUCAAAGAGACCACAGAGAUUUUUCAUAAGGAGAUUCCAGGCUCUCAGGUGUCAUUUGAUGUGGCAUGGUCACCCAAGUGCAUUGAUAAGCGUUGCUAUGACUACAUUGCCAUUGCUGGAUCAUGUGACCUUUUGUUUGUGAUGUCUUACGAUGAACAAAGUCAAAUUUGGGGUGAUUGUAUCGCAAUGGCCAAUGCACCCUAUAAUCAGACACUGACAGCCUAUGACCAAUACAUUGGAAUGAAAAUUGACCCAAAGAAACUUGUGAUGGGGGUUCCAUGGUAUGGUUACGAUUAUACAUGUCAAGACUUUUCAGAGGGAGGCGUGUGCACGAUUCCCAAGGUGCCGUUCAGGGGGGCCCCGUGCAGCGAUGCAGCAGGGAGACAAAUAGCUUACCAUACGAUGAUGAAACAGCUCAAUGCUUCCAUGUCCGGCAGAUUAUGGGACAAAGUGCAACAGGCCCCCUAUUAUAACUAUAAGGACAAGGAAGGUCGCAUCCACCAGGUAUGGUACGAUGAUCCGGAGAGCAUCUCUCUAAAGGCAGCCUAUGUGACAAAGCAUGGCAUGAGAGGCAUUGGCAUGUGGAACGGAAACCUCCUAGACUACAGUAACAAUCCUGUUGCACGGCAACAGACUAAGGACAUGUGGAAUGCCCUCACACCAACCCAAGGACUAGACCUCCAAAACAGUCUCCUUGGAUCCUGAAGUUAUUCCCAUAAGUCAGUGUAAACUUUUGUCUCAGGGCUGAAGGGAAAGGAGGAGGAGUAUCUUUCCUUUGAAUUCAUGGUGUUUACUAACACUUGGAUUCAACUGCUUAUUUUAUUGCAGUUGUAAGAAGUGAUUGCGGGACAUUGUCUUAAAACAAACAGCGCAGAUGUUGAAUUGUGUUGACUUCAACUUGAUUGAAAAUGCACUUGAAUCUUUUUUUAAGGCAGAGAUUCUAAUCACAAAUGAAGUUUUAAAAAAAAGCUUGAUUGUAUGUCCUGUAUCUGGAGCCAUACUGUCUUUGGCAUGUAUUUGACAUACCACGCAAACCACGCAAUUAAACCACGGCAUAGCGGUUACCAUUUUAGUAGCUCAAACGUGUUUUGAAAUAAAUGAUUUAUGAUUCUG